CUGCCGCAGAUUCGCCGCGUGCCGCGCGGUGCGGCCGAGAAAAAAUAGACUAAAACCGAAUAAAGAGUGCCGAUAGCUCUGCGCGUCCCCACGGUGUCCGCGUGGGUUUUUUUUAAACAUAAAUUUUUGUUGUUGGGUGCCGGUGGUUGUGGCGAAAGUGAGGCGGCGGACGCACAGCGCGCGGACCCCGCUCCGCUGCGCGGCGGCUGCGGCCCGGCCCGGCCCCGCCAUGCCCCGGUGAGACCAUGGAGCCCAACCCGGGGCCCCCGGGGGCCGAGGACGGGAGGCUGCGGCCCGGCGCCAAGCGCGUCACCUUCCCGUCCGAUGAGGAUAUCGUGUCCGGGGCGGUGGAGCCCAAGGAUCCGUGGAGACACGGGCGCCUCGGCGCUGUUCGACAUGAUCGAGUACUACGAGUCGGCCACGCACCUCAACAUCUCCUUCAACAAACACAUCGGGACGCGGGGCUGGCAGGCGGCCGCGCACAUGAUGAGGAAGGUGAGUGCAAGCCAGCCACUGUACGAUCCCACGGUUCUGUGAUCUUCAAGGACCCUUCCAAACCACCCACUGUAGGAUCCCAUAGUUCUGUGAUCUUCAAGGACCCCUGUAAUCCAGCCACUGUAGGAUCCCAUUGUUCUGUGAUCUUCAAGGACCUUUCCAACCCAACCACUGUACAAUCCCAUGCUUCCAUGAUCUUCAAGGACCUUUCCAACCCAACGGCUGUAGGAUCCCAUGGUUCUGUGAUCUUCAAGGACCCCUCUAACCCAACCAUAGUAAGAUCCCAUUGUUCUAUGAUCUUCAAGGACCCUUCUAACCCAACCGCUGUAGGAUCCCAUUGUUCUGUGAUCUUCAAGGACUCCUCUAACCCAACGGCUGUAGGAUCCCAUGGUUCUAUGAUCUUCAAGGACCCCUCUAACCCAACCACUGUAGGAUCGCAUUUUUCUAUGUUCUUCAGGGACCCCUCUAACCCAACCUCUGUAGUAUCCCAUGUUUCUGAGAUCUUCAAGGACCCUUCCAACCCAACCAUAGUAAGAUCCCAUGGUUCUGUGAUCUUCAAGGACCUUUCCAACCCACCCACUAUAGGAUCCCAUGGUUCUAUGAUCUUCAAGGACCCCUGUCACCUAACCACUGUAGGAUCCCAUGGUUCUGUGAUCUUCAAGGACCUGUAUAACCCAACCACUGUAGAAUCGCAUGUUUCUGUGUUCUUCAAGGACCCCUCUAACCCAGCCAUAGUAGAAUCCCAUGGUUCCGUGAUCUUUGAGGACCUUUCCAACCCACCCAUUAUAGGAUCCCAUAGUUCUAUGAUCUUCAAGGACCUUCUAACCCAACCACUGUAGGAUCCCAUAGUUCUGUGAUCUUCAAGGAUCCGUGUAACCAAACCAAUGUAGGAUCCCAUGGUUCUGUGAUCUUCAAGGACCCUUCCAACUCAAUGGCUGUAGGAUCCCAUUGUUCUAUGAUCUUCAAGGAUCCCUUUAACUGAACCAUUGUAGGAUCCUAUAGUUCUGUGAUCUUCAAGGACCUUUCCAACCCAACCACUGUACGAUCCCAUGGUUCUGUGAUCUUCAAGGACCCCUGUAACCCAACCAUUGUAGAAUCCCCUGGUUCUAUGAUCAUCAAGGACCCUUCCAACCCAACCACUGUAUGAUCCCAUGGUUCUGUGAUCUUCAAGGUCCCCUAUCACCCAACUACUAUAGGAUCCCAUGGUUCUGUGAUCUU